CGCACCCAAGUUCAAGUUCGACCCAAACUGUUUCCACAGCACAGUGCAGGCCGGGAGGGGGAAAAAAAAGAAGGGAUCGAGUCGAGAGACACUGGCCUCUGCUUUCCGUGUGUGGGGGUUCUCCUCUCUCUUGAUGCUUUUUCUCCGCCGCACUUCCUACGUCCAUGCAACAAGUGCACGAGCUGACAUAUAUACCCCCACGGGGCCGUCGCCGCCGCAGUCGCCUCAACCCGCUCGGUUUCUUUGCCUCCUCCGUGGCAAUCGGAGAGCACUCGCCCUCGCACUCGCCCAACUCAUGGUGGAUUGACGGCAUGGAGGGAGGCGAGGCUGGAGGCUUGAGAUUCCUCCUCCGGUUCGACCCGGCAAGGCCCGGGCUCGACCGCGCGCUGCUCGGCUUCUCCUUCUCCGCCCUCUUCAGCCGCCUCGUCGUUGGAUGGAGCAAGCAUGGCCAGACGGGAGGAGGAGGAGGAGGAGGGUUUCCGGCGAUCGCGGCGGAGGGUGAGGGUGGGGAGGGCUCCGGGAACGCCGCCGUGUCCGUGGCCGCGCUUGCCGCCGCCGCCGCCGCCGCUUCUCUCUGCCUCGCGGCGAUGUACGCGUCCGAUCAGCGGCGGCCUCGCCAUGCUCGCGCUCGACGGCUGCCGGCGCUGGCUUCAGCUCCGCGGUCCCGUGCGCUGCAUGCUCCUCAUGAUGGGCUCAGGAUUCUGUCGUCAGACGACCCAAACGACGAAUCUCCGGACAAGGUGAUCCACGGCGCGUCGAUCGGCGCCGGAGACGACGAGCCGGAUAUCGUCGCGCGAGUGGAGAUGGACGCUACCCCGCCGGCAGUUCCCGUGCCAAAUGCCGACGACGACGACGACGACGACGAAACCGAAACGGAAGCAGAGGAGGAGGAAGAAGAAGAGGAGCGGCAGGAGCUCCAGCGGCUGAGGGAGCUGUGGCUGUCGCUGGAGGAGCGGGAGCAGAGGCUGGAGCUCCGCCUGCAGGAGCUGGAGGGCCUCCGGUCGCAGGAGGCCGCCGCGCGGGAGCUCGAGGCCCGCGUCGCCGCCGCCGACGCGGAGGUGCGGAUCCUGCAGCUCAGUGUCUCCGCGCUGCAGGAGGAGAACGGGAGGCUCAGGGCGCGGGCGGAGGACCUGGACGCCGCCCGCGCUGAGCUGGCGCGCGCCAAGGAGAAGCUGCGCGCGGUCAAGGCGCGCGUGCAGGGCGAGCAGGAGGCGGCGGCGGCGGCGCUCCGGAGGAAGGUGGAGGAGCUCGAGAGCGGCGGGCGGGAGAGGGUCGGCGCGCUGGUGGCGGAGGUCGCGGAGCUGCGCAAGGCGAACGCCGCGCUGGAGGCGGACAAUAUGGAGCUCGCCCUCAGGCUGCAGGACGCAGAGCAGCAGGCUGCAUCCGGCGCCUCUGCUAGUAAUCUGGCCCCUGAGGAGGGCAUGAUUCAGGAGAUGACGUACCUGAGGGAGAGCAACGAGCGACUGACGAGGCAGAUCGAGCAACUGCACAACGACCACUGCGCGCACGUCGAGGAGCUCGUCUACCUCAAGUGGGUCAACGCCUGCCUCCGCCAUGAGCUCCGUGACCAUGACGGCCAGCCCACCGCCGAGCAACAAGGCCCCAGCGCCGGCUCCAGAGACCUGUCGGCCCUGGAGCUGAGCAAGAGCAUGAGCUUCCGGUCCAGCGAGAGGGCCAAGCAGCUCAUGCUGAGGUACGGUAGCCCCGGCCUGGACCGCUUCGACCCUGCCCUCUUCUCCCCGCUGCACGAGUCAGUCGACGGCGACGGCUACGGCUACGAGCGGUCGCCGGCGCACAGCUACGAGCCCGAGCGGAGCCCUUGCGCUAGGCCCGCGACGGCGACGGCCUCGUCCUCCCCCGCCGCAGCACCGGGGAAGAAAGCGGGGCCGCGCAGGCUCAAGCUUCUCGGUAACAUCAAGAAGCUGCUGCCGGCGGUCGGCAAGAGAAGCCACUCAAACCACGGGCACGGGCACGCCGGCCACGAUGGCAGGAAGGCGCCGGCGCCGGCUCCGGCUCGGAGGGACGAGUACCUCGACAAGGCCAUGCAGUGGCUGUCGGCCCACGACGUGCUCGACGGCGACCACUCGUACGUGAGCACGCCGCUGUCGUCGUGCGAGAGGACGCCGCUGAGCAGCGCCACGACCAGCACGACCGCGGACUCACGCGCCCGCUGCGGCGACGGUGGUGGUGGCCGCAGCGAGCGCGGGGAGGCGACGCGGCCGGAGGCGGAGCCGACCUUGGCGAGAUCGAAGAGCGACGCCGGCGGAGCGUACGGGCGGGAGGCGAGCAGGUACCACGCGCUCAGACCUGAACACCCGGGCAGAGAGGCGGACGAGCCCGACGGGUUCCGUGCGCCGGAGAAGCGGGAGGCAAGGAGGCAGUCGGCGGAGGAGCUGAGGACUCCGGCGGUGGCGUAGUACUUGAUGGCCCCAUUGCAGUUAACGGAUUAAUUGACAGGAACGACUGUUAGUCUGUUAUGCAGUGAUGCACAAGGCUGUUUUUUUUUUUGUGUGUGUGUGUGUGAAUAUUUGUACUCAUGUAUGGUUAGGGGCAGAUCUAGCUGUAGGACGGAUGGAGCUUGAUUAGCCCACCCCUACUGCCUCUCAAACAAAAGCCCUCCUUGAACCCCCUCCGUAGCUUUUUAUUAGGAAGAAGAAAGAAGAAUAAUGGAGAGAAAGAGAGAGGAAGGAAGGAGUCCCUGCUAGGUUCAUGCUCUGCGUCCGUACCCAUGUAUGGGUGAAUCAAGAUACAGAGUUUAAUUCCCUUUGUAUUAUCAUCAAGCUUUUCACAAA